UAAUUCUGCUUUUUAUUCAAAGAAAGCCACUAAUAGAGAAAACAUUUUGAAAAAAUAUAUAGUCAAGAAUGCACAUCUUGUACCUUCAUUUUACAACAUAAGACGUACAUGAUGUACGGUACAUCAUACCAACAAUUCUAUGGAGGUAUGGAUAGACUGUGGCGGUUAAGUUUAAGUUAACAAUGGCCCACGAAUUAUAACAAAAAAAGUUCAACAAACUGUCAAUAACUAAUAAAUCUCUGAAGCAAAUCGAUAGGUACGUCGGUCGUUAAAUCCGCGUUGUUGUCAUCCACCACGUGCCUCAACGAAGGGCAUCGUUUACGUCUACUGCGAACAUCCAUAAUUUGUGCACUUCGUUUUUAACACAUUUUUACUGUCAUGGCCGAUGAAGCACGGAACAAUCUGAUCCUGGCCAUGAACGAUCCGUCUAAAGUACUCUAUUCUGAUGAUUUUGUGGUGAUCGUUGCUGACCAGUUCCCAAAGUCUAAACAUCACUAUUUAGUUAUGCCCAAGGAAGAUUUGCUGGACGUUCGAUCGCUCAAAAAGAAUCACAUACCUAAGCUCAUCUACAUGGAAUUCAAAGGUCUGGAGUAUGUGAUGUACAAGACUGGACUAAUGGCACAAGACAUACUAGUUGGAUACCACACUUUUACAUCUAUGAACCGAUUGCACUUGCAUGUGUUAAGUAAAGACUUUUGUGGUAAAUUUAUGAAACAGAAUCAUCAAUGGAAUUCAUUUAAUACAGAAUUUUUCAUACCUACUCACAAGAUAAUUUCUGAAUUACAAACUAUGGGACACGUAGUAUUGCCACCUAACAAGAAAUGUUUGCAUCAACCGCUCCAAUGUAAUAAAUGUGAUUACAAUACCAAUAAUAUCAAUCAUUUAAAAUCACAUUUGAAGUCAAUUCACAAUUUGUUACCUGUUUGAUAUUUUGCUUUCAAGUUUGCUUAAGUAUUGAUAUUUUUAAUUUAUUUAGAACUUUUAUAUUA